AUGAACUCUGCAUAUAAACAAGAGACGGAAUUUACUCAUCAGGAGGAUAUAUCGUUUGAUGAAGAUUCACGUACGGCAGAUCAGGCGGAGGCGAAUGGAGCUGAAGCAAGAAAUGAUUCGAAAACAAAUGUCAAAGAAAAACGAGAAGCUGGGGACCUUAUCAAGAGCGAUAUUCCAGACAUUACUUUUACGCCAAUAGCUCCAAAUAACGAUAAUUCAGCUCAAUCUACGAAUAAAGCGUCUUCAGCUACUCAUGGUUGGAGUCAGCAGAAGACUAACAAGUCAGCUCCGAAUGCUGAUAGUAGUUCUAGUAACAGCCAGUCAAUUUCAGUCUCUGAUGAUUGGAAAUCUACGAAUAAGUCAGCUCCAAACGCUGAUGGUUGGGGCUCGACAAAUAAUCGGCCGGCUCCGGGCGUUGGUGGUUGGAGCCCCCCAAAUUGGUCAAUCGACGAGACGGUGAAUUGGAGCCCUCCGAACUGGUCAACUUCAGAUACUGGUGACAGUCGUGGUCCAGCGAACCGGCCAGCUCCAGACGCUGAUAAUUGGGGGACUCCAGAUUUGGGUGGCCGAAAUCGGACAAAUUUUGGUCGGAAUUCUACUUCCAAACCAAACGAACGUAACAAAAACAAUAUAUGGACGGACAAUGUUAUGAGCGAAGAUUGGGCCGGGGAAAAACGUGGCAACAAUAAUAGGCAGGAUGGUUAUCGACCCUCUCAGGAACAACAUAGACCCUCUCAGGAACAACAUAGUGGAGAUUUCGACAAUGACCGUUCUCGUUCGCAUCAACGAGAAUCGGAUAAAGUCCACAAAAGCAGAUCAUCGUCUCAUUCGUCUCAGGCGUCCUCUCGUCAGGAAAGAGUCUUUGGAUGGCAAUUAAGUCAAUUUCCUCUAAAAGAGACGUCUUCACCAGAUCUUCCAGAUUCACAGGGUGAAAAAAAUACUGCAAGCAAUAAGCAGGGCCAAAACUCGUUUUCGGGGUCAAGUUCUCAAGCGCACAAGAAAUCUAAACGUCAAAAGCAGAAACCGCCAAAUGCGAAUAAGCAAACAGAAAGGGAUAACGACGACGAAAACGAUGACAGCAGCAAAAAUUACAAAGAUUUGAUGAUGGCCUUUCAAGAGAUUCAGAAAGGCAUGAAAAGCAACAAAAGUACAAGUACUGCUUGCAGUGACAGUGAGAGUGGCCUCGGCAACGGAAAAGAUCCCAAGUCGAAUGCUGAUGAAAAAGACGAUGAGCGAGAAGAGGAUACCGGGGUGCAGUUGGCGAUCGAAGAGAGCUUUAUUGAUUGGGGAAGUAUGGAAGUCGAAGAUGCGCUGGCUCUUAUGAAAGAUUUUUCUGAAAAUCAGAAAAGUCAGCAAACUGAAGAAGACGGCGAGAAAAGUGGAGGCGACGAGAACAAAAAGGGUGAGAUAGUUAUUAGAGACGAAGAUGGUUGGAUCCCUCCAGAAGAGUAUCAGUGGUAG